CAUAACCGGGCUGGGACCGUGGAGGUAACAUCAAUAUCAAUAUCAACAUAAGGCUAUUAGGAUCAUGCUGCACAUAGUAAAUUCAAGAUCUCUGGGACUGUCGGACAGUGUUGGACUCGUAACACCCUGACUGUCUUCACGAAAUGGUCCUCGCUUGGUCCCCGCUUGCUAUCGGGCUGCAUGACUCGAAAGAGCUUCUCUGCUUCUAUUUUUGAAGUUGGAUUAAAAGAACACAUCCAGGCUUUUGUGAGUGGGUCCUCUACACCUAUCAUGUCCACCGCCAGCAUUCGCUCCGCCAACGCUGUUGCUCCUACCGAUGCCGAAGGCAAACAUGGCCAACGUCAGUCAUUAAUCAGUGUUCUGUCUGUCCCAGUCCCUGCUGCCAAGCCAAAGCUACCUUUAAGGUGGCAGGUAGUGAUGAUUGCAUUAACGUGCAUGUGCACAUUCGGAAAUCAUUGGUCCAACGGUCUUAUCGUUGCUCUGAAGACAACGAUCGAGGAAAAACUGAAGAUUAACAAUUCCGAAUUUGCUACUCUCGUAGCUGUAACGAAUCUGGUCAACACAUUUCUCUGCAUCGCCCUCGGUUUCGUCAUCGAUAAAUUUGGAGGCCCACUCAUGUCUGUCAUACUUGCCGCAUUUCAUCUUGCAGGCACCAUCGUAGAGGCCGGCGCAACGACAAACGGACUCAAUAGUUAUCAUGUCCUCAUGGCGGGCAAGAUCAUCGCGGCUAUCGGUGACGGAUCCCUAGAUAAUGCACAGCACAAAAUCUUCACCACAUAUUUUGCGCCGGGAAAAGGUUUCGGAGUGUCUAUAGGUCUCAUAUGGUCGAUGGCGAAUCUGGCUCAAUAUAUCGGUCAGAGCACCGCGAACGUGAUGUCCCAAAAUCUUGGCUCAUAUUCAUGGCCUCUCUGGAUAAGCGCCGUCAUAAGCCUCUUCUCUCUUCUCUGUGCUAUCUGUAUCGUCAUCCUUGAUAAAUUCCUUCGUUCACAUUACGAAGUUGUCGAUCACUCCAAACGGGUCGACCAGCCAAGUACGGGUAAGGCUAGAACGUUUAAUUGGCCAGCUGUGCGCCAGAUGCCGUUUACUUUUUGGUUUGUGAUUCUUUUUGCGACCUUCGAAAACGCUGGCGUGCAGUCAUUUUUGUCAAUAUCUACGCAAUUCGCACAGCAAAGGCUCAAGAAAGGCGCCGUAGUUGGCGGAUGGGUGUCGAGUUUUUACCUUCUCCUUCCUGUUGGACUUGUCCCUUUGGAGGGCGUAUUUAUUGAUACAUGUGGGCACCGUGUGACUAUCCUAUUUCUUUCGGGGUGUAUGUUCUUAAUCUCAAUGUUGCUGUUGAGAUUUUCCGAGACAGUGCCGACUUUUGUUUGCGCAUAUGUAUUCUAUGCGUUUGCUCAGAGCUUAACACCAGCUCCGCAAGUGGAGAUCUUGCGCAGCAUUAUACCGGAUUCUCGCUACUAUGCAACGGCCUUUGCCAUCAAAAAAUCGAUCAUUCAGGGUUCCAUCGUCAUCGUCGUGACGGCAGCUGGGAGGCUUCAAGACCUCUCCCCCAACGACUCGCUCGAGAGUGCUGUGACGGUCUGGCUUGUAUAUGCGUUUGCCUGCGUGCUUGUCUCAGGUGCACUCCUGGGCGCCUGCUAUACACCAUUCGGGAAGCGGUGUCUUCCCGCCGCGCGGCUCUCAGAGGUACGCCCAAAGUAUCUGGAAAGAGAAGUGGAGAAGCUUUGGGAGCUACGCCUGCAUACUGCUACCGAGGAAAGCAAGGAUGAGAGUGCGACGCCAAAGCAGAAGGAAGUAAUGUUGAAGAGCCCUGUAUCAGGCUCUGUGUCUUCAUAUGCGCGCUGGGUGGCGGUUGGAGCUGGGUUCGCCACAGUCCUCACAGCUUGGGUGAUAUUCGGCUUUGGGGUUGAGUGGGGUGUGCAUGGAAACAUUGUCGCCGGAACUACGGGGGAAUGAAGGGUUCCAUUCAUUUAACGAGUGGCGUGCCCUACCACUGAGCUAAACGGAUGCAUUUAAAAUCGAACUAGUGACGAUUACAUCAGCCGUCUUGACUUGUAACUUCCUGAUUUUAUUUUGAAACCCGCGGUACUUCAUCA